UUCCUGUGAUUUUUAAAAAAUAUUUCCCUUGGUAACCAUUAUCCCUGGUUACUUUCUUGGCUGAUUUUCUGCAAAAAGAACUGAACAGCAUUUGUCCCCAAGGGGAUCAGUUAUUUUAGAUUUUACUAAGAAGUCAACUAACAUUUUUUCAACAUUUCCUUCUGUUCUUUGUUUUUAAAGAAAGCUCUGAUUUUGUUUCAUUUUCAACUGGAGACUUAAAUGACACCAAGCAAAGUCUACUUAGUUUAGAUUUCCAGAAAUUGGUGAAAAAUAAGAUGAAGUUUGCGUUUUUGUUUUGCUUUUUUCUGCUUAUUUUUCAAACUGACUUUGGACAAAAUGAAGAAAUUCCUAAGAAACAAAUGAAGAAGACAUAUCACAGAAGACUGAAGAAAAAUUCCUCACUUAACCAUAGGUCAAACAGACAGCAUGGAAUUCAGCAAACAACUGCUACACCAAUGGCGAGAUUUCCCAUCGUUAACUUUGAUUACAGCUUGGAGGAAAAGUUUGAAUCCUUUCUAAGUCUUCCUGAAGUAGAAUCAAGCUACAAUGUGUUACCAGGAAAGAAGGGACAAUGCUUGGUGAAGGGCAUGACCAUGUACAACAAAGCGGUAUGGUCUCCUGACCCCUGUACCACCUGCCUCUGCUCAGAUGGAAGAGUGCUUUGUGAUGAAACCAUGUGUCAACCCCAGACAUGUACCUACACGGUUACACCUGAAGGAGAAUGCUGCCCAGUCUGCACUGAUACUGAACAAAGAGAACCUACCAAUGUACAUCUUAAGCAACUGCCACCUCUUCAGGUGGAAAUGGACCAAGUAUUUGGAAAAGAGGCACUUCAAUCUGAGGAGGAUGAAGAAGAAUCUAAAGAAGAUAUAAAGUACAAGAAAGAGACCGCUGGACAUAGAGAUCAGGGCAAACCUCACAGUGAGGGAGAGCGCAGAAGAGAGAGAAAGCAAAGACCUGGCAAGAUCGGGAGGCUGGCACAUCAACAGCCACGCUGUGGAAGAGGAAAGGAGGAGGAGGAUGAAGAGGAGGAAGGGGAAGAAGAAGAGACUGUAAGAGGAGAUGUGUUCCGAAUGCCCUGCCAGCUCCCCAUCCCUGCUCCCCCCAGAGGCAGGCCUCGCUUGCCCAGUGGCUGCUCCUUGUCCUAUAGGACCAUCAGCUGCAUCCAUGCUGCCCUCACCCAGAUCCCACCACUGAUGGCCCCAGAGAUAACGAGUCUGAAGCUCGUGGGGAAUUCUAUCACUUCCAUCCCGGAUGAAGCAUUUAAUGGACUACCGAAUCUGGAAAGGCUUGAUCUGAGCAAAAAUAAUAUCACUUCUUCAGCCAUAGGUCCAAAAGCAUUUAAGCUUCUGAAGAAGUUGGUGCGUCUGAAUAUAGAUGAAAAUAAUUUGACACACAUUCCUUCAGAAUUACCAUCUACCUUAGAAGAACUCAACAUUAAUGAAAAUAAUCUUCAGGCUAUUGAUGAAGAAAGUUUUUCAGACUUAAAUCAGUUGGUCUCCUUAGAAUUGGAAGGAAACAAUCUCAGUGAAACCAAUGUCAAUCCUUUAGCUUUCAAACCUUUGAAGAGCCUAUCUUACCUGCGCCUGGGAAAAAAUAAAUUUAGAAUUAUUCCACAAGGUCUUCCUGCUUCUAUUGAGGAAUUACACCUAGAAAAUAACCAAAUUGAAGAAAUAACUGAAAUUUGUUUCAAUCAUACCAAAAAGAUCAAUGUGAUUGUACUACGUUAUAAUAAAAUAGAAGAAAACAGAAUUGCUCCUUUAGCCUGGAUAAAUCAAAAAAACCUAGAAUCGAUCGAUCUCUCCUACAACAAGCUCUACCGCGUCCCCUCCUACCUCCCCAAGUCUCUGCUGCACCUUGUGCUCAUGGGGAACCAGAUCGAACUGAUCCCAGGCUAUGUGUUUGGCCAUUUGGAUCCAGGCCUGGAAUACCUGUACCUGUCAUUUAACAAACUCUCCGAUGAUGGCGUGGACCAAGUUUCAUUCUAUGGGGCAUAUCAUUCUCUCAGAGAGUUAUUUCUAGAUCACAAUAGCUUAAAAUGUGUACCACCUGGGAUACAAGAAAUGAAAGCACUACAUUUUCUGAGGCUGAACAACAAUAAGAUUCGGAAUAUUCUUCCAGAACAAAUUUGUAAUGCUGAAGAGGAUGAUGACUCAACUUUGGAACAUCUUCACCUUGAAAAUAAUUAUAUUAAAACAAGAGAUAUAUCACCCUAUGCAUUUUCAUGCAUAAGGUCUUACUCGAGUAUUGUUCUUAAACCACAAAACAUCAAGUAACUCCAAGUUUUGUUCUGUCAUUUAUAAGAUUUACUCAUGUAGUUACAGUAGUAUAAUCUGUCAUUAAUGAGAAACAUAAUCCUGUUAUACUCAAUAUGAUUACACUAGUCCCUCUGAUUUGCCAGCCCACAGAUGAGCACGCAAAGAUAUACAUAAAAGGUAUAGUCUUCUAGGAGUUUCAGUGAAAGUCAAAAACACUCAGUUUCCCACCUCUAGAAAGAAGUUACCUCACUAAGAUAGGAUAUCAGGAUGCUGAGCUAAACCAAAUAAACACAUCCUUUACAAUUUGCUUGAUAUCUGCUGUUAGCUAAGAACUCUCCAAGUACCAUUAAAAAUUAUCUAUGUUGUAGUUCAAGACCAAAAGCAUACAGACAGGAAAAGGCACAAUUUAUGAAUUAUUGUUGUUUAUUAUUAUGUCAAAAUAGUGAUUUAUUAAGUACUGGUAUAAAUAUACUUCAGUUAUGUUUAGUUAGGCUUGGUUUAGUUCAGUUAGGCUUGGUUCCUUCUAUUCACCACAUGUGUGAAAUCAAAACACUACCACAGUGCUAACUCGCUGGUUUGGAUCUUUGUACUGUAGGUACAUUGUUAACAUUACGGGAAGCUAGCAGAAAGGUUUAUAUGAAUUCCAUACUAUUUUUGAAACUUCUGUAAGUGCAAAAUUAUUUUUUAAAAGAUAAAAAACAGUAUUUUAAGAUCAUCUUCACUAUUCUUCAUUCAAGAUCAAAAUAUUAUGGAAAGCAGUAGCAUGCUAAAAAUAAAAAUUAAUUAUUCUUGACUAUAAUCUUAGUUAAAUGUAAAUCUAAUACACAUACUUUAAAAAAUAUUUUGUUACAUUGGUCAUAGUUAGCACCUUCUCCUUUGCCCUAAUUUGGUGAAAUGUAUCCUUUUACUCAGUUCAACUGAACAUAAAGCUAUUAGUGUUUACUAUGUACUAGGCCCUACCAAAACUAUAUAUUAAAGUUUUUAUUAUAAUAA